CACAACAUGUGUUAAAUAUCAUCCAAUCACAUUGCUGCUACGUCACUCCGAACGCCGUUAAGCAAGUUCGCGCUUCUUUUUCCAUCUACGGAUGACUUGGAUGCACCCAUGUCAGGUAUUUUGAUUUAUUUUUUAUUUUAAAUGUAUUUUUAGUGUAUAUUUUACGGUCAAAUGUGCGUUAGUUAGCGCCCUUUCCUGUGUACAGGUAUUUUCGGUAGACAUAAGAGCCCGUGUUGAACAGGACUGCAGCCGCGUGCUUUACAAAUUAUAAAUUCUCCUCAUACAUUGUGCUUCAAAUGGAAGACAUUCCAAAAACACUAGUUGCAGUUCUUCUAGAUGAAAAGGAGAUAUGCAAAAAACUUCAGCGUUUCAAGAGUGUUGCAGAAAUAAUGAAUGCUUGCAAAAGUCUCCUACCCUGUGCCGCAGAGUACCACAGAAUUUUGAAAUUUAAUGUUGAUUUUAAUGAAUUUAUUGACACAGAUCUUAAUGAGAAAGUGGAAAACUUGGACAAGUUUCAAGUUUUUUUUAAGUCGGUAAAGAGAAGUGGAUCACAGGCAUUGGAUGAAACAUUGGAUGUAGAUGUGGCUGGUCCAAGUCAUCAACAAAAUGUUGCACCAAAGAACGUACAUGAAGCUGGUCCUAGUAGUCAACAGAAGCAUCAACGUAAUAGAAUUGAUGUAGACACCCUGCGAGCACUUAUUGAAAGCAAAGGUCCAAGUAUACUGACGGAUUAUGAAGCUUCAGGAAUGCUUUCAGAGACGUCAAGAAAACUCCUUGUUAAGAUAGGAGUCAGUGCGUUGGUGGAACGAAGUGGAUUUUACCCUUGUAAUGAUGAGAAGCGAAUGUUGGCAGAAAGUGUGGUAACACUGUUUCCUUCUCUGAAGAUCAAGAUUGGAGAAGAGAAUGAAGGAUUUGAACAUUUCUAUGACCCAGUCUCCCACAGUGGAUUUAUUGAGAUGAAACUUAGAAAUCUACGAAGGAAUCUUCAUGAUGAUCAGCGUCUCUACCAGCGGAAACGUAUUCGAAUCAGUGAUUCCUCUGUAGUGUCUAUCACUUUGGAAGUCGAGGAUGAGUCUACUCAAGAGUGGACAACUGUGAUCAAAAGGAUGAAACCAUCUCCAGAAAACCUCCAUACCAUCAAAAUGGGCAUGGAGAAAACAUACAGUAAUCGCAGAUCAUGGAUCUCAAACAAGUCCCCGACAGUGAAAGAGAUAUUUGAAGAAUACCCACGAUUUAUAGACAUGCCAUACUUGCUUGACACUGAGUUUGGAAAAAUGUUUCCUGGGAAGGCAGAUCUCUUUCUUCGAAAAUGGGAAGGAAAUAUUGUUCCAAAGUUGCAAAAGAUGGCCACAGAGAAAGAUCCUCUUGUCAUGCCAACUGAUAAUGGAAGUGAAGAGUCAUGUUACAGAGCUCUUCAACUUCUUACUACAUUGCUGCCCCCCACUGCAUCAGGAAGGAGCAAAGGUUGGGCCAAAUGCAGUACAAAGUCAGCCCUUGUGUACCUCUUGGACAUUAAGCCGGCUGGAACCAGCAUCUCCAGCCUCCUGGAUAAUUCCCAGAAAAUUGUGGAAAACCAUCAACCCCACAUUGUCUGUUUUGGAGCUCCAAGUUCUACAGCACAAUACAUCAUUGUGGCCGAGAAUGACAAACUCGCCAUUCCACUCGAGGAUAACAGUCUGACGUGUGCCAUUGACAAGCUGUUCAAAGUGUAUUGGGUUUGCAAUGUAGAAUAUCCUGCUCAACUCACAUCUGUCUUUAAUUUCUUUGAAAGUCUAUAUGAACUGCCUUUCUCUGGUGGCAAGAGAUCCAAAGUUGUGGAGCUUAUUGCAAAGCUUCAAGCACUUUCCUAA